CUUGAAGUCCGUAGCGUGGCGGUCUUGAUUAGUUCCUAUAAAAGCACGCAGAGGAGCAAAAUCAAGAAACCUUUUAUUCUAGAGACUGAAUAUUGUGGAAAUGAAGAAGAUAACGAUAAUUAGUUUGAUCAUUUUUAACUUAUCAAUUAUCAUCGCCGAUCAGUCCAUUAAUAUCCAUCAGCAUCUCUCCACUGUUACAAGAUAUGGUGCCGUUAAAGAUGUGGUUUAUAAUUCGUUUGAGGAGUCUAAUGUUCCUGAUGGAUGCACUCCUAUACACUUAAAUCUUGUGGCAAGACAUGGAACUCGUUCUCCUACCAAAAAACGGAAGAGGGAGUUGGACCGCUUGUCCUCUCGUUUGGAAGAACUUAUAAGAGAUGCUGAAGAACAGAAGUUGUCUUUGCAGAAAGUUCCUGCCUGGUUAAAAGGUUGGGAAUCUCCUUGGAAGGGGGAACUGAAAGGUGGAGAAUUAAUUAGCAGAGGGGAAGAAGAAUUAUAUGAUCUUGGAAUCAGGACCAGAGAACGAUUUCCGGAUUUGUUCAAAGAGGAAUAUCACCCCGAUGUGUAUCCAAUAAAGGCUACACAGGUUCCUCGGGCAUCAGCUAGUGCUGUGGCAUUUGGCAUUGGGCUCUUUAGUGAUAAGGGAAGUCUUGGACGAGGGAAUCAUCGAGCAUUCUCCAUUAGCAGUGAAAGCCGUGCAAGUGAUAUAUUGCUUAGGUUUCAUGAUUGUUGUGAAAACUACAAGGCUUUUAGGAAAAGCCAAGAGCCAGCUGUUGAUAAGCUUAAGGAACCUAUCUUGGACGAAAUUACAGCUGCAUUGAGGAGUCGUUAUGAACUUAAUUUUACAAGGAAGGAUACUUCUUCUUUCUGGUUUCUUUGUAAACAGGAGGCAUCCUUGUUGGAUAUAACCGAUCAAGCUUGUGGUCUUUUCACUUCUUCUGAGGUGGCUUUGCUGGAGUGGACAGAUGACUUGGAGGUGUUUAUACUGAAGGGAUAUGGUAAAGCAAUAAACUACAGGAUGGGAGUGCCACUGCUUAAAGAUGUUUUCCAGUCCAUGGAGCAAGCUAUCAAGGCACGAGAAGAAAAACAUGCUCCCGGAAGUUAUGAAAAGGCAAGACUACGAUUUGCACAUGCAGAGACUCUGAUUCCUUUUACUUGUCUGCUAGGUCUUUUCCUUGAUGGAUCUGAGUUCCAGAAAAUACAAAAGGAACAACCUUUGGAACUUCCGCCAAGACCUCCCCAUAACAGAAAUUGGUGGGGCAGCAUUGUGGCACCUUUUGCUGGCAACAACAUGCUGGUCCUGCACAGUUGUCCAGCAGACUCUUCAAGCAAGUACUUUGUCCAAGUACUCCACAAUGAACAUCCCAUUCCAAUGCCGGGUUGCAAUAAUUCUGAUUUUUGUCCCUUUGAAGUGUUUAAGGAAACGAUAGUUGCUCCUCAUAUAAAGCACGAAUUUAAUGCAGUCUGCGCGGUUAAGCUGGAGGAACCAGAGCAGAAGCCUGAAACCAGUAAGUUAUCACAACUGUUCCGUUGGCUCUUCUCGCUGGGGACAGAUGAUACACAGCAUUCAGGAGUUGAAUUAUAGUUUGUUAUUCAAGAAACAAACAGAGAACCAUUCUUACACACCACUUUUUCCUUGUUGGCACUUCAUUAUUUUUGUGUGAUUUCAGCCAAGGCCAGCUCUUCCUUUUAGCGGAGUUUCAUCUGGAUUCAUACCAUUGCCAAUACUGACAAUGCUUCUCUGAACAGCAUGAGUUCACUGACCCUGCUCCACAUUCUGAUCCAUCUGAGGCAGCAUUUGAAUGCGUCAUUCUCUCUUGAUCUGAAAGAUCACUCGGUGAUUGUAUAUUCAGAUUCCUGAGUGGCCUUAGGAAUUGUAAUCAGCCUUUUUUGUGCCCUACAUAGAGCAUUUGCUGUUUUUCUUGAUUAAACUAUUAACAAACAGUUUUGGCAUGCUGUUAGAAUUUGAACCACAACUGUUCUUCUCUAUAAACGGUUUUCAUGUGAACUCUAAAUUUAACAAAAAAAAAAAAAUUGAAAAAGCUGUGUUCUGCUGUCUUGCUUUA